AUGGAUAACAUAGAAGGAGUUUUAAACAUAGUACAAGUGGUCUUGAUAGGUAUGAAGAUCGCCAAUUUCCUUCAAAACACUGGUCGUCUUUCACCAGCCAUAAAGUUGUGUAAGGAAUGUUUGAUUUUACUAAACAGUCAGGCGCUCGAUAAGGAUGGUCCAAUUACCGACUUAAUUCUCGUUAAGAGUAUCUACACCAUAAUGGCCAAAGCAAAAGAAAAAUGCGUCAGGGAACUCCUUCUCCUGCACCAGGACUCUGAUGACACCUUCCUACAGGGAAGGUUGAAUAUGUUACUGGCAACUACACUUCAAGAUCAAUCGAAGUUUGUGGAGGCCAGAGAAAUUUAUGAGAGAGCAAUAAAAAUUAUGAAAACGAAUGACGACAAAAUAGGAAAAGCAAUUUGUUACGGCAACUUAGCCACAUUACUCUAUUCCUUUAGAGAAUAUGACAAAUGUAAAAAAUAUCUGGAGAAGGCCCUUGCGAUCACAACCCAAAUUGGUGACAGAGUCGGAGAAGCAGUGUAUUACAGAGAACUAGGAAAAGUGUCCCAAUUGCUUGGUAACUAUGAUAAGGCACAAGAAUAUUACAUGAAAGCACUUACCAUCAGAACGCGAACUGGUGACAGAGAGGGAGAAGCAGUAAUCUACAGAAACCUAGGAACCGUAUUCCAAUCGCUUGGUAAUUUUAACAAGGCACGAGAAUAUUACGAGAAAGCACUAGCCAUCAGAAUAGAAAUUGGUGACAGAGAAGGAGAAGCAACGGAUCAAGGAAUGCUCCAAAUGCUCGGUGAUCUUAACCAGGCGCAAAAAUAUCACGAGAAAGCACUUGCUAUCAGAGUGGAAACUUUUGACAGAAAGGGAGAAGCAGAGGAGUACGGUAACUUAGGAACAGUGUUUCAAUCGCUUGGUAAUUAUGACCAGGCACAAGAAUAUCACGAGAAAGCACUGGCUAUCAGUCUGGAAAUUGGUGACAGAAAAGGAGAAGCAGCAGACUACGGAAACCUAGGAAUAGUUUUUCAAUCGCUUGGUAAUUAUGACAAGGCACAAGAAUAUCACGAGAAAGCACUUGCUAUCAGUCUGGAAAUUGGUGACAGAGAAGGAGAAGCGACGGAUUACGGAAACCUAGGAACAGUGUUUCAAUCGCUUGGUAAUUAUGACAAGGCACAAGAAUAUCACGAGAAAGCACUUGCUAUCAGACUGGAAAUUGGUGACAGAGAAGGAGAAGCGACGGAUUACGGAAACCUAGGAAUAGUGUUUCAACGGCUUGGUAAUUACGAAAAGGCACAAGAAUAUUACGAGAAAGCACUUGCUAUCAGACUGGAAAUUGGUGAUAAAAAAGGAGAAGCAACGGAUUACGGAAACCUAGGAACAGUGUUCCAACAGCUUGGUAAUUAUGACAAGGCACAAGAAUAUCACGAGAAAGCACUUGCUAUCAGUCUGGAAAUUGGUGACAGAGAAGGAGAAGCAACGGAUUACGGAAACCUAGGAACAGUGUUCCAACUGCUUGGUAAUUAUGACAAGGCACAAGAAUAUUACGAGAAAGCACUUGCUAUCAGUCUGAAACUUCGCGACAGAAAUGGAAAAGCUAAUUGUUAUAAAAACCUAGGGGCUUUGUUUCUGUCACUCGGAAAAUACCCUAGAGCAGAUAAAUAUCUAGUGCAAGCACUAGCAAUAAAAAAGGAAAUUGGCGACAACUUGAAUGAAUUUAGGUGCCUCUGUCAACUUACAGUGUUGAAGCUAUCACAAUUUAAUCGCAAAGAAGCCACAUCAUAUCUUUUUCAAUGUAUUGGAAAAUUCGACACGUUGCGAGGUUUCCUUAAAGAUAACGAUCACUUUAAGACUUCUCUUUUAGAGGAGCACGGCAAUUUUCCAUACAAGUUGCUCAGCAAGUUGCUUUCUUCUACUGGGAAGCCAAGAGAUGCCCUUUAUGUUGAGGAGCUGAGACGGGCAAGAGGCCUCGCCGACUUCAUGGCAGCCAAGUACUCUGUUAAAGAGUUGAUCUCUGGCAAUCCACAGUCAUGGCAUGGCAUUCAACAUAUCAUCCCAAAAGAAACGGACUGUACAUGUCUUUAUAUUUCAGUUGAAAAAGAACAUGCACAGUACUGGAUUCUCGAAGCAUCAGGAGCCAUUCAUUUCUCACGAAAGAAAGUGAGUCUGGAGAAACGCGUGGUGACCAAAUUAGUUCCUGAUUUGGAUGAGUUUUUCAAAGAGAGCUUUCGCAGCCUUGGCAUUUUACCCCAACAGAAUUGCGAAGAUCGAUCAUUAGAUGACACCCAGUCGAUGGCACCUCACUAUGACAAUCGCGGGCUCGUGCGUGAUUAUGAUCCAAAAGAUUUCAAAACGAAUCUUCAGUCGUGUUACGAGUUAAUCAUCGCUCCCAUGGCCGAUUUACUGAAAGAGCCUGAGAUUUUAAUAAUCCCUGAAUCCUGUAUGUACCAAGUCCCAUUUGCAGCCAUCAGUGAUGAAGGAGGACACUAUUUAGCGGAUACUUUCAGGAUCCGUGUCGUUCCCUCUCUGACGACUCUAAAGCUAAUUCAGGACAGUUCCCCAGACUAUCACAGUUAGAGAGGGGCACUGAUAGUGGGUGAUCCUGAGGUUGGCGAGGUGCUUUUGAAAGGAAAACGCAGGAUUAUAACAUCAUUGCAAUGUGCAAGAAAGGAAGCAGAGAUGAUUGGACGACUUCUUGGAGUGACACCUUUGACUGGAGACCGAGCAACAAAGGAGGCAGUUCUUGACGCAAUAAAUUCAGUAAGUCUGAUUCACUUUGCUGCCCAUGGUGAUGCCGAAAGAGGAGAGAUUGCUCUAUCUCCUAAUUGCCCCACCAACUUCAUUCCACAAGACGAAAACUACCUUUUGACGAUGGCGGACAUUUCAAAAGUUCGGCUGCGAGCCAAACUGGUAGUACUUAGCUGUUGUCACGGUGCACGUGGAAAGAUUAAAGCCGAGGGAAUUAUUGGAAUCGCUCGAGCGUUCCUAGGAUCUGGUGCUCGUUCAGUGUUAGCGGCACGGUGGGCCAUAGAAGACACAGCCACGGAGCAAUUCAUGAGAUGUUUCUACCAAAACUUGUUCCGCGGUAAAAGUGCAAGUGAAUCCCUUCACGAGGCCAGGAAAUGGUUGAGAAAGAACGGCUUCGAAAAAGUUUCUCAGUGGGCUCCGUUCAUGCUUAUUGGUGAUAACGUGACAUUUGAUUUUGAAAAUUGGCCAGUGUCUAAAACAUCCAAACAGCCAUGA